AUGCACUGUCAAGACAAGCUACCGGCAUGUGCCCACACGUUCAUGUUCCGCAGCUACGCCAGCAACGAGGUUGCCGUGCAAAAUGCGAGAUCGGCCGGGAUAUCUGCCAGUCUCAGCACCAGGUUUGACUUCUCUCUCGAGAAGGCAGGGAGAGGCCACACGUUGGCCUUCUCGGUGAUGGGGUCUGAGAAUGAAGAGCUACUGCUCGGCCAAGUGGAAGUGGUAAACGGCAGAGUCCUCGGUGAGACAUGGCUCUGUGUCGUUGGCUGCUUAGCGACGGGCGAGCUUUGCAGAACCGCUGCCGGCAGCAUGUUGCAGGCAAGGGCCUGUGCUGCAAGCCUACUGGAGCGAGCCGCGUUCUCGAGUGAAAUUUGCACGGAGUCCUAUUUUCCAUAUGAGAGGUUUGCUCUUUCAUUGCUUUGCAAGGCAACUGAGCGAGCUCUCACUGCAAACCGUGCGGCCCGCCUUCGCAUAGAAGAGCUGGAGACCUCCAUGGAUGCAGGCGGACGCUUGGGCCUUGGACUACAGCGAUCUGCAGCUGCAGCCCAAAGCAUUGAGGAGACCUUGGCAGAGUUGCGAGCUCUUCGUCGCCGCGAAGAGCUGGCAGUCCAGUGGAUGUCUUUCAUGGAACAGUAUGGGGGCAACGGCUUGUACCAGGGCCAUCACCGCAUUUGUACUUGA